AUGCAUCUCCAAAAGUUUCUCGUCGUCACCUCCUCCCUAACUGUCGUUGGACUCUCGGCUCCAGUAGCUUCACAAGACCGAAAUUUCGAGAUCAUCGAGCGCAACGAACCUAACGCUCUAAUCCUCGCCCAACACGGCUCCGAAACGAACACUCACCACAUCUCAACAAUCCCCGAAAACGACGCAGUCGCAGCUACAGACAAAACAAUCGAACGAGCUCUCAGCCGCAAAAACACAUACAAACCUCUCGAAAUCCUCGUCCCAACAUCCACAACAAAGCAGAAGAAGCGCGGAGACGAAACCAUCGUCUGGGUUCCCCCACCACCAACUUCGAAGAUUCCCCUAGCACGCGGAGAUGCAACGGUAGUUUGGGUUCAACCUCCACCUACGCCUCAGAUUCCUGUGUAA